AACACAACGUUUUUUCUAAAUAUAUUCGAACUGUUUUAAAUGUGGAACACUUAAUGGCCUGAUCAAAUCCUGUACGGACAUUUGUUAUGACGAACUCGUUCACCGUUCAAUAGAAAUAGUGGGUAGAAAGGCUAUUAGGGUAAAACGGGUGGAUUGUCAAAAUGGAUUAGACGCAAUGGCACAGAAGUUCUCUAGUCAGGUAUGAUUAUGCUUGUUUAAAGUUAUUUUACUUCUUAAAAUGUAUUUUUGAGUCGAUAGUAAUUAAAAUGUCUAAAUAUCAUUACUCGUGUACUCAAACCCCUGCUGAAGUAGCGCAUCAUCACGUGGUAGUUGUUAAUUUUCUCAGCGCUUUUCAGGAUGGACCAACCACAGUUGUUAUGGCUUACUGAAUACGGAAUUUCUAUAAUUAAUUUAAUUUAAUUGCUGGUGCGAAUUUAUUUAUUUAUUGUCAUAAUCCAAUUCUUUAAAUUAUUAUAUUUCAAGCGGUUAUUGUUUUAAUGGUUAAAAAUGACCCCAGCAACACAAUAAUCUCCCCGACAUUUACAUUCAGCAUAAUGGGGAAUUUGGCUUUUUGAGUCCCCAAGCGCCCCCUAGAGGGAAACUAUUCUUACCUCAAAGUAAACCGUCUGUUUAGCUUCUGUCACAUUGCUUUCUAGCACUACCUUGCCUUCUGUAGGUUAUGUGUGUACUUUCUAUGAUAAAAGCGUUGUCAGACUUGUCAGUUUGGUGAUGCGAGUGCCAGUGCGUUGGGUAUUAUGGGACGUGAAGGACACACUGUUAAAGGUCCGGCGCUCGGUUGGGGAGCAGUACUGCAGCGAAGCGAAGCGAGCAGGACUGAAACUACCAGCUGCACAAGUAGAAACUGCUUUCAGACAAUCUUACCGUCAGCAAUCACGUCUAUUUCCCAACUAUGGCAGAGCUCAGGGAAUGGACAGCCAGGUCUGGUGGACUGGACUAGUGAGGGGUACUUUUGCCCACUGUGGGGUAGAUGACCCUGCUUUACUAGACAGACUAGCCAACAACCUCUAUCACAACUUUUGUGGACCAGAAAACUGGGAGGUGUUUCCUGAUUCUAAUAACACCCUGAAGUUCUGCACCGCUUUGGGUCUGAAGCAAGGAGUUGUUUCCAACUUUGACAAGCGUUUGGAAGGGAUCCUGAGGGGAUGCGGCCUUCUCACUCACUUCUCAUUUCUUCUGACCUCAGAAGAAGCUGGGGUUGCUAAACCAGACCCUUCCAUUUUUACCCAGGCGCUGGUGCGAUGUGGUGUGCAAGCCUCCAGUGUAGUCCAUGUUGGGGACCAUUAUGUGAACGACUACCUGACCUCACGCUCAUUGGGUAUCCGAGGUUACUUGCUGGACAGACAAGAUUGUCAUGGGCACCUUGAUGUUCCCCCACAACAUAGACUUAAGAGCCUUGAUGAUUUACCAGCUCGACUGCAACAGGAUACAGACUGAGAGUUCAUCUGAUGAUUAUAUGAUGUUGCUGCAGGAUUAAACUGAUCAUAUAUUUUGCAGGUGUCCGUUUCUUAUGGUGAAACAUUAGAUGUAAACCUGAAUAACAGAAUGUGGGGACUAGGGGAAAAAAAAACAUAAUUAUACCACUUUAGUUUUAAUGAAAUGAUAUCAUGUACUGCCUCUAAAUUAUACUUUAUUGUUGUUCUGACAAUAAAUGACAUUUUAUUUGUGACAAUUG